AUGAUCUCUGAAACUGGCAUGUAUGAUUACCAAGCUACCUCAUCCCGCGGGACAAACCACACCGCAAAGCAACCUGGAAAGGAGAAUCCUGAUAUCACGGGUAUCGCCCAACGAGCGUGGCGUGGCUUGACAACUCAACAUCAGCAAUUCAACAAGGCGGCCGUCGAAUCUUAA